AUGGCCUGGGACAAUCUGACCUUCAACUCAGACUUCAUCCUGCUGGGAAUCUUCGAACACAGCCCCAUCUACUCCUUCCUCACCCUGCUUCUGGCCAUCUUAACAGUGGUCUGUGUAGGGAACACAGUCAUGGUGCUGCUCAUCCUCCAGGAUGCCCAGCUGCACACUCCCAUGUACGUCCUCCUCAGCCAGCUCUCCCUCAUGCUGAUCAGCACCACUGUGCCCAAGAUGGCGGUCAACUUCCUGUCUGGCAGGAAAUCCAUCUCACUGGCAGGCUGUGGGACUCAGAUCUUCCUCUAUGUGUCCCUGCUCAGAGUUGAGUGUUUCCUGCUGCCUGCAAUGGCCUAUGACCCCCACGUAGCUGUUUGUCUCCCUCUAAGGUAUCCAUUACUCAUGAGUCCGAAACUCUGUGCCUUCUUGGAAGCUUCCUCAUGGAUUCUUGGAUUACUGGAUGGUAUCGCUGUCAUUAUAGUUGCCAUGUCCUUCCCAUACUGUCAUGGUCAGGAAAUACCCUACUUUUCCUGUGAUGUCCCUGCCCUGCUCACUCUUUCAUGCAAAGACUCUAAAACAUUUGAACCCAUGAUGAUUUUCUGCUGUGCGAUUGUGCUCCUCUUCCCCACAGCAACCAUCACUGCUUCCAACACUCGUGUUCUUCUGGCUGUCACUUGCAUGGGAUCUGGCAAGUGUCACAGAAAAGCUUUUGCCACCUGCUCCUCCCACCUGAUGGUGGUGGGCAUGUACUAUGGAGCAGCAAUGUUCAUCUACAUGAGGUCCAUGUCUGAGUGGUGGCCCAAGCGGCACAAGAUGGUGUCCGCCUUCUACACCAUCCUCACACCCAUGCUGAAUCCCCUCAUCUACAGCCUGUGCAACAGGGAAGUCAGCAGAGCUUUCAGGAAGCUGGUAGGGAAGCAAAUUAUGCAGAGUAAAUAG